AUGUCUGGAGGCUACCACAGAGCACAGUCUUCUGGAACCGCUGUGCUUCACCCCUUGGAGUCCCCACCAUCCCCGCUGCUGCUGGUGGCGUGGGCUCUCUCUGGAUCGAUGGCAUCCACACUCCGGGGGCAGCCCACUCUGUUGAAAGCGGCGGCGCCGUUCUCCACGGAAUCCACGUUUGUCGUCUUCCGCGUUAUGAAGGACUGGAAGGACGUCCAGUCAACGAUUGAACGGCUUGGCAAUCGGCUGACGGCCACUCAGGUCGUCGCCGCUCUCAACUGCCUCAAGCGCAUGCCCACCCGCCCGCCGGAGGCCCUGCUCCACAAGCUGUGCCGCUCCGCGAUGCGCCUCGAGCCCCAGAUGCAGCCGCGCCACGUCGUCGAUGUCGUCCACGCCUGCGGCAAGAUGGCCUUCAUCGAUCGCCCCCUUCUAACCCUCCUCGCCCAAUCCAUCAUCACCCUGCCAAGGCUCUCCCCCGCGCGAUUCGAGGGCAGAGAUUUCGGCGCCCUGCUGCACGGACUGGCAAUGAUCCAGUCCGCCACAUCGGCCCCAGUCGCAUCGGCGCCCUUCUCUCGCGCCAACGAUCCCUUCGACUCCUUCAGAGAAUUGAUGACUUCCCUGGGAGCCGAACUGUCCACCCCCAGGCGCCUGGCCAGUCUCAGGGAAUCCCACCUUGGGUUCAUCAUCCUCGGCCUUGGCCGUGUGGGGCGCCUGGGUCCGCGAGGACCGUCCGUUAUCCACGCGCUGGCCAGCGAGUGCCUGAAGCCGGAGCGCGCACCAAACCUGACCGCCGCUCAGCUAGGAGCAAUCUCGGACGGCCUGCGCAGAUUGCGCUACGCCGAUCUUGCCGUGGUCGGCCGACUGGCAUCGGAGGCAUCCCGCCCAGAACGGCUGAGAUCUUUCACCAGUGAGGACCUCGCUCAUGUGAUCUUCGCCUUCGGAUCUCUGGGCGUUCGCAACUACCCGGCGGCCUGGAAGCUGGGCAUGGAGGCCACCAGGGGGGCUAGGGUGCGAAGCUUCGACGAGCGCAGCCUGGCGUCGGUUUUGUACGGCCUUACCCAGCUGCAGCUUGCAGAGGCUGGGGUACUCGAUCCCCUGUUACAGGAGGUGGUUAAACCGGAGCGGCUGGCUAAUUUUUCGGGCAGGGACUUUGUUUUGGUGCUAGAUGGGCUGGUGGCUGCGAGGUUGAGGGAUCGGGGCGUGCUGGGCGCGCUUUGGCGAGAGGCGUUCGGCGGGGAGGGGCUGGGCAGGCGGCGGGUGAGCGACUGGGAGCUGGCGUGCAUGCGCUACAGUUUUGGCAAGCUGGGGGUGUUCCGGGGAGAGUGCUGA